GGGUGUGUGUGUGGUAAAUGUGUGUGUAGGUGUGUAUAUAUGGGUGGCUGAGGAACGGGUUGUUGACAAAGUGGGGUUGGUGUAGGUUUGGCGGCGCGGUAAAAUCGAAAGUGAUGGAUGAUGCAUAUGAGAUAAAAAUACCGGUAAGACACGUGUGCCACGUUUCUUAUUGGCAUGUUAAUGGACACACGGUAAAACGUGCACACAUACAUGCACAUACUUGCAUAUGUAUGCACAUACGGACACAGAAUGAGAUAUUACUUAUGAUGGUGCUCCUUACUGCUUACUUUACUGCUGGAGUCGGGAGAGUUAAGGAAGAAAUGAACAUACAGGGAAUGGCAUCCCCUUGUCCCCCUCCAGCACACCACGGAGGAAUGUCUGACGUAUGGCAGUGUAGCAUGAACACUCAUCUGUUUACAUUUAGACGGCGGGGGGAGGAGGAGGUUGAGGGGUAAACAGGGGAGUAAACAAGGCCCCUGAGCCUAUUGCACUGCUGCUUGUGCUGCUGCUGUUGUUACUGCUGCAUUCGUCAAGUGAGUUUGUGCAAAGCGCAGCUGCUCCCUCCGAUCCCCGUAUCUCUACCCGCCCGCUCUCCAUGGAACAAUCGGGGUCACCAAACAUUUCAAUCAACUCUAAUUCAAGUCAAGACGUCCUAGCUCACGAGUUAAGCGCGAUGCAACGCAAUGAACAAGCACAGGCUGAGCAAAUGUUUUUGUUGGCAUUACACGAACGCUUGGCUCAGCAGCUGCGACCUCAGACGGAACUUCAACGGAUUUGGCAGAAUAUGAUGCUUGGUCUGCCAACUUUAUUACCACCACUGGACUUAACAGCUUUACCGGGCACCAGCCAAGCUUUAAUGCACCCGCUCUACCAGCAUAACCUAUGCACUUGGCCACAGUGUGACCAGCCGUGCGAAAAUUUCGCCACGUUUUUGCAUCAUUUGGCAACGGUGCAUACGCUCGAUGAACGAUCCGCGCAGCAGUGUCGCGCUCAAAUCGAAGUAGUGGAUAACCUGGAACAUAGGCUUAACAGGGAGCGUACUCGUCUGCAGGCCAUGAUGCAACAUUUACACAUGAAACAGUCACCUGAUACCACCACGCCAACCAUAGGCACGUUACAGCAGUCACAAGAUUCAGCAUCUAUCCCAUCACCAACGCUUGCAGAGCCAAAAACUGAAUCCUUACCCGAUCAGCAGCAAACGAUCUUGUCAUUAUCAUUACCGAGCGUGUCAAACAUUGAAGAUUCACAACAACAACAGCAAGAGCAACAGCAACUGCAGCAGCAGCAGCAGCAGCAGCAGCAGCAGCAGCAGCAGCAGCAGCAGCAAGCACAGCAGCAGCAGCAGCAACAACAACAACAACAACAACAACAACAACAACAACAACAACAACAACAACAACAACAACAACAACAACAACAACAUCAACAACGACAACAACAACAACAGCAGUCCCAGCAGCAUCAUCAUCGUACAACUCCGACACCGCGGCGGAAAAUCAACGACAAAGUUGUUUUACAUAUUUCAACCGAUAUAGCACGAAACCGUGAAUUUUAUCGGACACAUGAUGUACGUCCACCAUAUAC